AAAGUGCAGGGACGUCUCCGUCGUUCUGGUGUCGUAACUUGAUGUUUUUUGGGGAGGAAUCUGAGCCUCUGAACCUGAUGCCAAACAACGAACCCUCGCCGGCCUUGCCAGGAUUUUGGUAGCUUCAGUAAUCUCACUUCCCCUUGUUCGGGUGCUUUGCAAGUGAGCCGAGCCAUGUUUCCCUUGCUGGUGAAUCUGCUCGCUGUGGCCUUUGCAUCGGAGUCUUGCCCAAGCGGGGCAGACGUCACGAGCUUGUUGACUCAUCAGUCACCUCAUGUGGCCCUCAGUCGCGGUACACGCCCCUUGUGGAUGAGCGAAGUCUUCACGGACUUCACCUUAAGGGAUCUCGCGUGCCAAGGGAAGCCUUCUGAAGGCUUUACCCGCGAGUGUUGGGGAUCGUCCUUUGAUCGCUUUGACCGGAACGGUGAUGGCAUCAUUUCUGCGGAGGAUGUGCAGGUACUUGAGAGUGAGACCACCAAGAACAACUUGACACAUGCAGAUGUUCGGGCUGGCAUAGCAGUCGCAUGCCAGUGGUACCCGGAAGAAGCCAUGCAAUUCAUCGUUCAUGAGCCUUUGAUCACAUCGCUGGUCUUCGAUGAUACAGGCAUCGAUCAAUUGCCACCGCCUCCUCCACCACCAUUUACUAUGCCAUCUCAAGUGACACAAGCCCUUCAAGUGCUUCCAGCGAGCCCAGUGAAUGGCACCUCGCUGAUGUUGAUUGAAGCGGAGGAUUGUGUCGGGGCCGUUGUCAAGGUGACCGUGACCUCUCUUGGGCUGGGCUUCGGAAUUCUCGGCGUCCCAGCGCCCGAUCCCCAGCUUGUGGCUGCGCUGAUUCACAGCAACCCAGGGCGACAGAACGAAUCAAGGAUAUAGCGAAGAACCUUGAUCCUACUUCUACGACCCAAAUGGCUUCAGGCAUCAAGGAUAUCCUGAAAGUUUGCUAUGAUGAGAGCAUCUUUUCUGCAACUAUGAAGAACUACUUUAACAACCUGAGCUGGUGGCGGCGGGCGACAAUGGUUGCUCAGGUCGGCCUGAAGGCGGCGGUUUGGUUUGUCCCUGGCGCUGGUCAGGCGGCGCUCCUCCUACAGAUAUCCCUAGCCCUAAAAGAUGCGUGGGACAUUUACAGCGGGGUGAGAGAUGUUAAGGAACAUUGUUGAGCAAGAAGCUACUCUUGUGGGAAGGGCCCUGGAUUUUUCCCCUUCAUAAGAAAGGUGUCAGGUCAUUCUCCUCAUUGGAGCUCUAACGUAGCGCAGGGAAAAAAAGACCCGAGACAGAGAAGGUGCAGCUGAGCCACGACAUGUGGCUGGCCCGCCGCAAGGAACACUUCCAUGAGCUGGACGCGGAUGGAAGUGGGGAGCUCACUUUUGCUGAGAUCCAGGCAGGCUUCUUCAGCGGCAGCAAGCUCACAGAAGCCAACAAGAGCAGU